CAUGCAAUCCUCCCCAAAUUUCAGCCCACUUGAAGGAACAGCACAUCAACUAUCAACAAUCGACAUCAAUCAGGAUUACUCGAAAAUCAUUUGAGAUAUUACUUUAACGCAGUUCUCGAUGUUGGGCGAUCCCAGCAACAAAGGAAUUUCGCCUUUUCGUCAUGACCAGUCUUAAGCGGAAAGCUAGUCAAGAGUUAACUCACAAUUCGAUAGAAGUUAUUGAGCCGAUUCACGGGGACGAGAUGUUCGAGACUAUAUUGGGCUGGUUGCGGGGCGCUUUGGAAUGGUUUCGCAGAAGGGUCGAUCCAUUAUAUACAGACAUGAGCUACAGCAACAUUGAUGUCGUUGCAGACGAACAUAUCCAGAGGGCAGAAGCGAGAGAAGAUGGGUCAACUGCGGUCAAGCGGCAGAGAAAUAAAUCGAGGAGCAAGACGAAUCGAAGAACAUCAUCACAUCAACGAAGGACAAAAUCAAUAAAUAUGGACCAAACAAAGAGCUUAUCGGAAGAAGAGCUGAGGGCAGAGGCUGACGCGCAAUGGAUCCCCCCCGCUUUCGGUGCUCCUACGAAAUCCGUAGAACGAGAGGUUAUAGUAAUAUCGGAUGAUGAGGGGGAAAGUGAAGAGGAAAGACCAAAGUCGAUAGCGGAUGCGCUGCAGUCACAGCAACCACCCAAGGCUCCCACCACACGCCUCCAGCCGAUGAGAAACCUGAGACGCACAUCCACGGCUACAGCUACGGCCACGGCCACUGUUGAGAGUUCUUUACAUGACCGUUUGGCCAUUUUAUUAACGUUAGGUGAUGAAGACGAUAAAUCUGGACGGCCGCCAUUACCUAUCUCGACACGAGCUCAAGAAAAGAUCAAGAGGGAUUUGGAAGCGCGACAGCUCAAGGAAAAGCAAGAAAAGAUUCGAAUCGCAAAGGAACGCAGACUGACACGGCGAGAUCCAUCGAACCGGUUAGUCCAUGCGUUGGACGACAAAUGGGAGGACAAUGUUUGUGAGGCUCUUGAUCGUGCUCGGAAAAAUGGGAAUUUGCCAAUCACCCAAUCGCAGGGUGGCACUCCAUUACAUUACAAAGACUUUGGAACUUUACUGGGCAGAAAUUCAUGGCUCAACGAUGAGAUUAUCAACACUUAUAUCGAAUGGGUGGUGGAAGCUGCAAACGAAUUCGCUAAAGAAGAGGCAAAGGCUUUCGGGGAACCUGUAGGGAAAGUGCCAAAAUUCAUCGCACACAAUAGCUUCUUUUACGAGAACUUGGAUAAGAAAGGUCCAAGCAGUACACAACGUCUGAUGGGUAGGAAGAAAGCUCCCGGAGUCUUGCUGCUUGAGGUUGACACGGUGUUCGUUCCUAUCUGCAGAGGUAGUCAUUGGACUGUUGGCGUUGUACGACCGAUGGCUAGGACUAUUGAGUAUUUUGAUAGUUUGCAAGGUUCUUCAAAAACGUUCAUCAAACUGAUGCGAGGUUGGUUGAAAUUUCAACUCGGUGCGGAUUACAAAGAAGAUGAAUGGAAGACCCCGAACACUGGAUGUACUCGACAAAUGAACGGUUAUGAUUGUGGAGUAUUCGUCUGUACAAAUGCUCUUUGCGUUGCUCUGGGCGUCAAUACCGACUGUUAUAAUGGGACGGAUAUGACGACCAUGAGAAGGAACAUCGCUGCGCUCUUAAUUAAUAAAGGCUUUCAAGGAGAUUUCGCUUGGGGCCGGGGAGUUUUUUAAAUGUGUUUUGUGUUUUUGGGACAGGCGUUUUUGAGCAAGGACAAAGGAACGAUACCCAUGAUGUGUUGUAUAAAAAAUGGCAGGUUGCCGGAAGGGUUUUAAAGAUGCA